UUUUCUGCACGGGUUUAUUUAUCAGUGACACAACAUUUGCUAGCAGCAGCUGUUUUAUCCCGUUUGUUGAAUCUUUUCGUCAAUAAUCACUUGGUACGUUUUUUCCCUCCAGCGUAUUUUUCUUUUUCUCUAGUAUUCACAGGCCAUAUGUAAAAAUGGAGCCCGCAUGUCGAAAGGACAAACAGAAACAGCAAACACCGACCCGAGGAGACAGAACCAAACAGAAAUCAGCUCAACAAGAGCUCAAACAGAGGCAGAGAGCAGAGAUUUACGCCCUAAACAAAGUCAUGACUGAACUUGAACAGCAGCAGUUUGAGGCCUUCUGUAAGCAGAUGCAAACACAAGGGGAAUGAGGAAAAACUCUGUGAGGGUCGCCAGCGCCAUCAUUGAGAGCAAACAUAUGCACAGCUAUUAUGGCCUUACUUUUAUUUAGUUUUUAUUAUUGUAAACCAUAUAAUAACUGUUCAGCCUGUGUCAUCCAAACCACAAUGUAUUAAUCACUAAUCAGAGAGUGUUUGGUUGUAUUGGAGCUAAGUGCUUAAAUUGUGGAGUGCACGAUUGCUUAUCAAAUGUUGGAAAGUAUUUACAUAAUUGUACAAAGCUGUAAUGACACCACACACAUGCUAAGUUUUAUUUAUCACAAACCCACUCUUGUAGCAAAGAAAAAGAGCAUUAAGAGUUUUUGUCAAUUAUAAUUAACAAAGCAUUUUUCUAUGACAGUAUUAUGUUUGUGACUGCGUAACAUCAGUUUAGACAGUUUACAGCACAUUGACUGAAGGAUAAUUUUUUUUUAAAUAAAAUACUGUCACUUGUAUCAUUAAAGGGAUAUUUCACCCAAAAACGAAAAUGUUCUCAUCAUUUACUCACCCUCAUGCCAUCCCAGAUGUGUAUGACUUUCUUCUGCUGAACACAAAUGCAUAUUUUUAGAAGAAUGUUUUCGGCAAGUUUUUUUCUGCAAGUGAAUAGGUGCCAACAUUUUGAAGCUCCAGAAGUACAUAAAGGCAGCAUAAAAGUAAUCCAUAGGACUCUAGCGGAUAAAUCCAUAUCUUCAGAAGCGUGAAAGGUGUGGGUGAGAAACAGAUCAAUAUUUAAGUGCUUGUUUUAACCAUAAAUCUCCACUUUCAUUUUCACAUUCUUUUGUUUUUGACGAUUCGCAUUCUUCGUGUAUAUCGCCACCUACUAGGCAGGGAGAAUAAUUUAUAGUUAAAAAGGACUUUAAUAUUGCUCUGCUUCUCACCCACACCUAUCGCAUCUUAAGAGAUGGAUUUAACCACUGGAGUCGUAUGGAUUACUUUAAUGCUGCCUUUAUGUAAUUUUUGGACCUUCUGAGUUCUGGUCACCAUUCAUUUGCAUCUUAUGGACCUACAAACCUGAUAAAUCUUCUUUAAAAAUCUUUGUGUUCAGCAGAUGACAGAAAGCCAUACAUACAGUAUCUGGGAUGGCAUGAGGGUAAGUAAAUGAUGGGGGGAAUAAAAUCAUUUUUAAGUGAACUAUCUCUUUAUUUUUUUCCAUGUGUAACAUUCUGUAAUGGCUAAUGUUCCUUUGACAAUUACCAGUUUUUGUAGUGUUUGUUUGUUUGUUUUAAAAUAAAUCUUAAAAUAUUAGUAAGGAUAGUUUCUA